UGGGCAGCUAUAAAUGGGCCAAUGCCCUGCCUUCCUCCCCUUGCACCAGAGUAGUAGAUAAAAACAAGCUCUGCAAUCAGACUCAACAGCUCCCUUACUGCCAUAACAAUGGCUCUCCCCCAAGUCAUGGUCCCCUACGCCUGGGACUUUCAGGGCCGCCCCGCCUCCAAGUCCAGAACCGGUGGCUGGACCAGCGCCGCCAUGAUUCUAGGGGUGGAGGCAUGUGAGAGGCUAACCACGCUGGGGAUCGUGGUGAAUCUGGUGACUUACCUGACGGGCACCAUGCAUUUGGGCAAUGCUACCUCCGCCAACACCGUCACCAACUUCCUUGGCACCUCCUUCAUGCUCUGCCUGCUCGGCGGUUUCAUCGCAGACACGUUUCUCGGCCGGUACCUUACCGUCGCCAUUUUCGCCACAGUAGAGGCCACUGGCGUCAUAAUCUUGACAAUCUCAACUAUAAUCCCCAGCCUCAGGCCACCGAAAUGCGCAGCCAACACCGGCCCAUCUUGCGUUCCUGCAACUGGGAUUCAGCUCGUGGUUCUCUACUUGGCGCUAUACCUCACCGCGCUCGGCACUGGCGGCGUCAAAUCGAGCGUUUCCGGCUUCGGUUCGGACCAAUUCGACGAAACGGACAAGGAGGAGAAAAGCCGAAUGAUUAAGUUCUUCCAUUGGUUCUUCUUCUUCAUAAACAUUGGAUCACUUUGUGCAGUAACCAUUCUUGUUUAUAUACAAGACAACUUGGGGAGGCAGUGGGGUUAUGGGAUUUCUGCCUGCGCCAUACUUAUGGGAUUGGUUGUGUUCUUAUCGGGCACCAGGAGAUACCGAUUCAAGAAGCUCGUUGGGAGCCCAUUAACGCAGAUUGCUUCUGUGGUUGUUGCAGCUUGGAGAAAAAGGCAUUUGGAAUUGCCCUCUGAUCCGUCAUUUCUGUUCAACGUUGACGAUGUUGCAGAGGAACAAGGAAUGAAGAAACAGAGGUUACCCCAUAGCAAGCAAUUCUGUUUCCUGGACAGGGCAGCCAUCAAGGGAACUGAAAACGUAAGCACCACUAAAGUGAACAAAUGGAGUUUAUCAACCUUAACAGAUGUCGAAGAAGUGAAGCUGGUUAUUAGAAUGCUGCCCAUUUGGGCCACCACCAUAAUGUUCUGGACUAUCUAUGCCCAAAUGACCACCUUCUCCGUAUCUCAGGCCACCACCAUGGACCGCCACAUCGGCAAAUCAUUCCAGAUCCCUGCAGCAUCGCUCACGGUCUUCUUCGUCGGCAGCAUUCUGCUAACCGUGCCAAUCUACGAUCGGCUCAUUGUACCAAUUGCAGCUCGGUUGCGCCACAACCCACAAGGCCUCACUCCGCUGCAGCGCAUAGGGGUCGGUCUUGUCUUCUCAAUAUGUGCAAUGGUGGCAGCAGCCCUUGUCGAGAUCAAGCGGCAGCGAUAUGCCCGAUCAAACGGAUUGACGGGCGACCCAACGGUCGAGAUCCCCCUGAGUGUGUUUUGGUUAGUGCCCCAGUUCUUCUUUGUGGGUUCUGGUGAGGCCUUCACUUAUAUUGGGCAAUUGGAUUUCUUCCUGAGGGAAUGUCCAAAAGGGAUGAAGACUAUGAGCACAGGCUUGUUUCUGAGCACCCUUUCGCUAGGGUUUUUCGUUAGUUCGACUCUGGUUUCUAUAGUGCACAAGGUGACAGGGCACAGGAAGCCAUGGCUAGCUGAUAACCUCAACAAGGGGAAGCUUUACAAUUUUUAUUGGCUUUUGGCAGUAUUGAGUGUCUUGAACUUGGGAGUGUAUUUGGUUUGUGCCAAGUGGUACGUGUACAAGGACACAAGGCUAGCUGAGGAGGGGAUUGAAUUGGAGGAAGCAGAAGAUAGUUUUCAUGCAUAGAAUGGAGAAAGGGGUUGGUUUUCUGUUUUCCAAAAUGCUUAAAGACACUGGCCCAUCACAUUAGAGACCAAUAUUGCUUCAAUCACUCACCUCGUAACACAUAAGCCACGAUGGUAAUAGACUCGUGAAAUUUAGCAUUCCUUUUUUAUUCUUGGUAUUGUGGGUAAGUGCAUUUUCUCAUUUAGUUGGGGGUGGAUCAUGUAUGGAAAAAGAAGAGAAAAAGAAAACAAUUGUGGAAAUAGUGCAAGUAUGUAUGUAUAAUGGAAAUCAUGUAGUUGUACUAGAUUUCUUGAAAACCGUCGACGGUUAUUGCAUAGCCCAUUGACGAUUACAUCGAUGGUUUCAGACAAAAACAUUUCCAGAAGGAAACCGUCGAUUGUUUGUUCAAACGGAAGGUGGUGUAUUGAAACAGUUAGGGGUUUGUUGGAAAUGUUGACAAUUUUGUUCGUUGCUGAUGCAACCGAGGAUCUUCUUAUUUUAAUAUUGGUUGAUAUCCAA